AGUGUUUUUACAAGAAAAUGAUUAAUAAAAGAUAAAUUUAACAAAAUUUUAAAGGAAAAAAAAAUGUAUAAUAACAUUAAAGAAAUGGAAGAAUUAUUGUCCUAGGAUUUCAUUUGUCCUCUUUAACCAUGGGCACUAUCUAAUAUUUCUCAUAUUUUGGAAUGUAAUGAGUUACAAAGUUGUAUAUUAGGUGUCCUGAAAUACAUCUUUAAUGAUUGAAAAUUGAGAAUUUUUUAAUGGCAUUUCGGUGUUUUCAUCGGGCAUUUCGGUAAAUCGCGGGCAUUUUGGUAAUUCUAUAUACCUAGUUGUGACUUCCACAAAAUAAAAAAAAUUGUAUGCAUUACUACUUAACAUUCGCCAACCACGAAAUCAAGUCCUAAUAUAAACGUCAAACUGUUGUUUUAAAAAAGUCAUAAUUGGAAUCUACAACGUAUAGAUACAGAUGUACAGAAAGCAAUAUUUUAUCAUCCCUAAACCUCGAGAAUUUAACCCGCGAGAAUAUGUGAUUUUACAGUAGGGUCAUAAAUACAGCAAAUAAGUUCUUUGUCAGUGAAUUAAAAAUAGGUAUGAAUUGUUUAAUUGAUUUUAUAAUAAGAAUUAACAGUUUUAAUCAAAAAAAAUUUUUUUGCCAAAUAUUUUAAAUUUUUUUUUCAGGGGAAAUAUGGAAAAGUUUGAGUUUCUGUCUAUUUUUGUUUACUUUUUAUUGAAUUUAGUAUUGCGUGUCGCUUGUGUUUUCUUCAAGUUCCCUGUCCUAUUUUACACUUCCCUGGUUAUUGACAUCCUUUUACUGUUUUGUUUUGGAGUUUACGUGUCAAUUUUGUACUGCCAAAGGGGUAAGAAUUUUAAGAUUGGUCCAUCUUAAAAUGAUGUUUUCUUGUCCUUUCCUGACUCGGGGUGAAAUUACUGGGUGGUAGGUAGGUGAGAAAAUCUUUUUUCCAAAAAAAUUUGACUUAUUUGAUGACGGGAUAAAAGAAUUAAAAAGAAAAAAAUAUGUCCUGGAAUGUAAUAAAAAAUUAAAUAGGGCCAUUUUUGGUUACCGGUAGUCGAUUUGGAAAGGGCAACAAAACAUUUUUUGUAAGAUAACCAUAUAGGCAUACAACUAAUAUGAAAUCUUAGAUAAAAGCAUAUACAUGAAUAUUACAGGAUUCCUUUUCUUAUUACUGCUAAACUCUAGCUCUGUGACUGAUGAAAUUCUGAGAGAGAGCUACAGGAUACAAGUUUUGUAAAAACCUCGAUUUAUGGCCACCGUGUUUUAGUCACUUGCUUCAAGUUUUAUUUCUUCUAUUAAAUGAUUUCUCACAUGUUCUCAUUUCAUCCCCUGUACAUGUAGCAUUUGAAAUUUUAGCUGUUUGCAGGAGCAAUCUUGGUGUAACAACACAUCUAUAGUUUUGAAGAAUAUUCAGGCUUAAAAUAAAAAAAAAAUGGUUUGUUUGCAGUUGCCUAUCAACCCACUAAAAAUGCGCCCGACUCAAACUUUUUUACAGCCAUUAUUUGAUUGUUUUUGGUUUUUUUUUUAAAGUUUCAAAUUUUUAGGAUGUUCAAACUUUUUUGUCUAUUUUCAAAAUUUUUGUUUCUGUCAAUAAGUGGCAUAAAGUAAGUAGAGCUUUAUUUACCUACAAUAAUCCUAUAAUCCAAUAAAUCUCUGAUUUGUAAUAAGGUUGGCCUCAUGUAUGAAUAAAGUUAUUUGAUUUAUUGAAAUUCUAUUUUAAUCCCAUAAACAGGAAGUAAUCAAUCACAUGUGAAAAACAUUCAAGAUGGAGGACUGUGAUUUGCCAUGUGCAGUUAUUCUAUUUCAUUCUGAUCUUGAUUUCUCUCAAGCAUGUGCAUUUUGCUCUGACAUGGAUAUAGAUGUUUUAGAAACUGAAAUAUAUGGUUAUAGUUGUUUAGUAUUUUUUUUACAAAUGGAAUUUAGUGCAGUUUUGUUUUUUUGCAACCUCAGUGGUUUUUCUGUUCAUAAGUAUAUUCAGCAGUAAAAAAAAAAAAAAAAAAAGGAAAUUAGUAGAUGUUAAGGUAAGAAUUUUAUUUUUUGUUUGGUAUUUCUUUUGGAAAUUAAUUUAAAUUCAGUAUUUCAAAUGAGGCAUUCAACAGUAAUCCUAGAUUGACUGCCCAGGCCCACUCUGUUAGUCAUUUUAUCCUCGUAAUGACAGACUGACAUGAAACACUUGGCAGACUCUGAAUGACACAGAUUUUUAUAGGGAGAGAAAUGGAGGUUUUGCUGUUAAUGAUAUUAGUGACAAGUAUCAUAAUUAUGAUGAUCUUAGGUAUUGGUAUCAUUUUCCUUUUUAUCUUCUUUCGAAAGUGGACAAGUUUUUUCAGAAGGUGGAAUGAUAUUAUUCAGUAAUGAAGAGAAUCUGAAGAUGCCAGCUCAAACAAGGAAGAGGAAGAAAGAAAGUAGAAAGACUGAAGAAGUUACUUAUGUAAAAGGCCAAAUUGUAUACUGUUACUGGAAGGGAAUAUGGUGGCCAGGUGCUGUGCAGAGUGUUUUGAAAAACGAUGUGUACCAAAUUUCCUUUUGGAAAGAGGAGGAAAGGAUUACAUGUAACAGCCACAAUCUCCGUAAUUUUCAAUGUGACACAGACACAGACUUGAUUGCUUCAAGUUUAAAAAAAAUAAAGAGGCAGGCUGAUCUGAAAAAUAAAUACAUGGAAGAUGUAGAAUAUGCUAAAUCUUUGAGUAAAAACAAACCGGCACCAUCCCAUACCUUGAGUUCACAGAGCCCUUCAGCUUGUGAAGAGGUACCUACCACAAGUGAUAAGCCGGAACAAGAGAGGACACCACCCCACACCUUGAGUUCACAGAGCCCUUCAGCUUCAUGUGAAGAGAAGCCUACCACUAGUGAUAAGCCGGAAGAAGAGAGGGUACCACCUCACACCUUGAGUUUACUGAGCGGUCCAGCUUCAUGUGAAGAGGUGCAUACCACAAAUGUUCAGCCGGAACAAGAGAGGUUACCACCCCACACCUUGAGUUUGCAGAACCCUCCAGCUUCAUGUGAAGAGAAGCCUACCACAAGUUAUAAGCCGGAACAAGAGAGGGUACCACCCAAUACCUUGACUUUACAGAGCCCUUCAGCUUCAUGUGAAGAGAAGCCUACCACAAGUGAUAAGCCAGAACAAGAGAGGGCACCACCCUACACCUUGAGUUUACAGAACCCUCCAGCUUCAUGUGAAGAGGUGCCUACCACACGUGAUAAGCCGGAACAAGAGAGAACACCUACCCACACCUUUAGUUCACAGAACCCUCCAGCUUCAUUCGAAGAGGAGCCUACCACUAGUGAUAAGCCAGAACAAGAGAGGGCACCACCCCAUACCUUGAGUUCACAGAGCCCUUCAGCUUCAUGUGAAGAGAAGCCUAUUACAAGUGAUAAGCCAGGACAAGAGAGGGCACCAUCCCAUACCUUGAGUUCACAGAGCCCUUCAGCUUCAUUCGAAGAGGAGCCUACCACUAGUGAUAAGCCAGAACAAGAGAGGGCACCACCCCAUACCUUGAGUUCACAGAGCCCUUCAGCUUCAUGUGAAGAGAAGCCUAUUACAAGUGAUAAGCCAGAACAAGAGAGGGCACCACCCCAUACCUUGACUUUACAGAGCAGUCCAGCUUCAUGUGAAGAGGUGCCUACCAUAAGUUAUAAGCCGCAACAAGAGAAAACACCACCUUACACCUUAAGUUUACAGAGCGGUCCAGCUUCAUGUGAAGAAGUGCCUUUCACAAGUGUUCAGCUGGAACAAGAGAGGGCACCACCCUACACCUUGAGUUUGCAGAGCAGUCCAGCUUCAUGUGAAGAGGUGCCUACCACAAGUGAUAAGCCAGAACAAGAGAGGUUACCACCCCAUUCCUUGAGUUUACAGAGCGGUCCAGCUUCAUGUGUAGAGAAGCCUAUCACAAGUGAUAAGCCGGGACAAGAGAGGGCACCACCCCAUACCUUGAGAUCACAGAGUCCUUCAGCUUCAUGUGAAGAGGAGCCUACCACUAGUGAUAAGCCAGGACAAGAGAGAGCACCACCCCUUACCUUGAGUUUACAGAGCAGUCCAGCUUCACAUGAAGAGGUGCCUACCACUAGUGAUAAGCCGGAACAAGAGAGGGUACCACCCCAUACCUUGAGUUUACAGAGCGGUCCAGCUUCAUGUGAAGAGGUGCCUACCACAAAUGUUCAGCCAGAACAAGAGAGGUUACCACCCCAUACCUUGACUUUACAGAGCGGUCCAGCUUCAUGUGAAGAGGUGCCUUCCACAAAUGUUCAGCCAGAACAAGAGAGGUUACCACCCCAUACCUUGACUUUGCAGAGCGGUCCAGCUUCAUGUGAAGAGGUGCCUACCACAAGUGAUAGGCCGGAACAAGAGAGGUUACCACCCAACACAUUGAGUUUACAGAGUGGUCCAGCUUCAUGUGAAGAGGUGCCUACCACAAGUGAUAGGCCAGAACAAGAGAGGUUACCACCCCACACCUUGAGUUUGCAGAACCCUCCAGCUUCAUGUGAAGAGGAGCCUACCACUAGUGAUAAGCCAGAACAAGAGAGGGCACCACCCCUUACCUUGAGUUUACAGAAUCCUCUAGCUUUAUGUGAAGACAAUACCAUUACUGGUGAACAGUCCCUUGAGUCUUUAUUACCAACUUCAUCUACUUUCUCUGCUAGAGAUGAAAAGUUACUUAAAGACCUCAUGGAAUACAUUAAUUUUAGCAGUGAUGAGGAUGAUGAUUGGAUUGAUGAAAUGGAUUUGGAUUCAGAGUUUAUUCCUUCAGAGUCAGAGGAAGAAGAGAGUACUUCUGAUGAGGAUAUAUCAUCCUCCACCUGUGUUAAAGGUGUUAAGAGAAAGAGUUUUGAAGAUGAUGUGCUUAUUUCAUCUACAACAAAUAAGGGCAUUGACCAGGAUCUUGUAGAGAAUUCUGACAGUGAUGUGUCUGACGAGAUCCCUUACCUUCCACCAUUAGGUCUAUUAUGUAACCCACAGUCCACUGAAAGUGAUGCAUCUUCUUUGGAGUCUGAUAGUGACAUAGACAUUGUUGAGGAGGAAAUUAUCAGAGAUAUUACUUAUCCCUCAAUCUUUAUUAGAAAAAUCAUCACUUCAAAAACAACAAAAUCUGGAAAAUUCAAAAAAUCUGACCGUGUUUAUAAUACUAGACACUUCUGCCCAUUUUGUUACAAGUCAGUAUCACAUUUAAUACAACAUUUGAAUUCAAAAGCACAUAGUAAGGAGCCAGAAGUAGUUAAUCUCAAAACCCUAAUUGGUAAAGAACGCCAGAGGAAUAUCUCAAUGUUGAGAAAUAAAGGUGAUCAUCUGCAAAAUGAAAAAGCAAUAUCAAAGAAACGAGGGGAGAUAGUUCUUGCAAGAAGAAUAGGAUCGAAUGAAAAACUCAACAUUUCAAACUAUGGCCCAUGUCCUUUAUGCUUGGAGUGGCUUAAGCUAGAUGUUUUAUACAGACACCAAAAGAAAUGCUGCGGCUUAUCAGCUGAUUCAGGUCAACCGAGCUCAUUUAUCUCCAAGGGUAACAUCAUGGUACAGAGUGCAAUGAUUGCUGGGAGGCUUAAAGAAACUGCAUGUAAAGCACUUGUUAAUGAAGUUUUCCCUAUUAUGCAAGAUGAUAAAAUUGGGCAUGAAGCUAAAAAUGACAGUCUGAUUGUUGCACUUGGGAAUCACUGGCAUAAACGGAAUGUAGGAAACAAAUUAAUGCGUAAACAUUAUGUAUCAGCAGUAAUGAGACUAACAAGUCGUCUCCUGAUUGAAAUUAGAAAGUUAACUGAAUCAGAGCAAAGAUUGGAGUUUUACCUGCAACCAAAAUAUUUUUCAGAGGUAGCACAUGCAGCUUUGAAAGUAGCUAAACAGGAUGAUGACAACGAUGACAAUUUACAGGCCCCUUCAAAUGCCAUUAAACUGGGUUAUCAUUUGAAGAGAUUGUGUAACUUGAAACUGGGCUUAGCAAUUAGACAUGGAAAUGAUGACCAAAGAAGAGCAUCUAAAAACUUUUUGAAGCUUAUGGAGUUAGAAUGGUGUUCAAAACUUGCUAGAGUCAAUCUCGAAGAAAGAAGAAGAAAUAAGAAAGUUGAACUUCCUCUACCUUCAGAUGUGAAAAAGCUUGCAGAUUACUUGAAGGUUGAAAUAGAAUCAUUCGACAAAGGAAACCUCACUUAUGAGAAUUUCAAAAAGGGGUCGACACUGACUGAGGCAGUACUUAUUACCUAUAACCGACGGCGUCCAGGGGAAAUUCAAGCAAUGAGGUUGGUUGAUUACCACAACAGGAAGACUGGAAUAGAUCCUGGUGUUGGAGAAGAAAUAGUGAAAUCACUGUCAGAAUUUGAAAGAAAACUUGUAGAAGAACAAGAUGUGAUUGAAAUAAGGGGAAAGUGUGGAAAAUGUGUACCAGUGAUCAUUCCUAAGCAUGUACGGGGGAUUCUGGCACAUCUAUGUAAUCAACGUGUAAGAGCAGCUGCAGGAAUACCAAGCUCAAGUGUCCAUAUCUUUGCAACAAACAGGGCAGGUGUUUUUAGGGGAUAUGAUUCUGUACAAUUUGUGACACAGAAUGCUGAUCUUCAAUUUCCGGAACGCAUAAGAGGAACAAACAUGAGACGUCUCAUGGCAACUUUAUGCCAGGCCUUGGAUGUGACACCACAGCAGCAAAAGUGGAUCAUCGAUCACAUGGGCCAUACUCUAGAUGUGCACAACAUUCACUAUAGAUGUACAUCAGAUAUCAUAGAGAGAUCAGACAUUGCAAAAUUAUUAAUGCUCAUGGACAGGAAGCAGGUUGGAUAUUUCAAAAAUAAAAGAUUGGAAGAAAUUAGCUUGGAAGAAUUAAUUGAAGAACCAGACGAAACAAAUGAUGUUGAUGAGAAUGAUGACAGAUUCUUGGACAGAGAUGAAGUGUUCAUCCCAAACCUGUUAGAAGAUGAAGAGGAAGAAAUUCUAGUCAAGACAAGCAAGAAGAAAAAGGCCAGUUUUACGAGGAAGAAAUGGACAGUAGCAGAAGAAGAAGAAAUAAAGAAGAGGUUUGCAGGUUUUCUUGCCCAGGACAAGUGUCCUAGGCAAAAAGACGUUGAGAAAGUGAUGGCCCAAAGCAAGAAAUAUGGGGGUCUACUGCAUACAAGACCAAGGGACAACAUUAAGAAGAAAGUCAGUUGUAUGCUGGUUAAAGCUAGAAAAAAUAAUAAUGAUUUGUAAUGACAUAAUUGAAUCAUUCCGAAAAAUGCCUCAUAUUGCAAGUGAAUAGAGUUUUAAGAGCUAUUAUAUACUAAUAUACUAAGAUACUUAAAACUUAUUUGUUUUUUUUGUUACCAAAAGUUAAGGUCAUUGUAUAUUCAUUUUUCAAGGGUUGUAUUAGAUUUUUUGUAAAAACGAAAGAAGUCUAUCUAGACUUUAAUUGACAAAAAUAACUGGAAGUUACAAUUCAAUAUUAGCAUUAAAAAAAUCGAUAAUAAAGUCCCCAUUAUUUCAAGUACAUGUAAAAUGCGAAACAUAGUUAGUUUGAUAUGUUUUGUUAAAUUAAUGAUCAAUUGUUUUGACCCACCUUUUAGUAUGAUCACCUACAAGUACAAACUAACUUUCGCUAAUAUUAGAAAUAGAGAAAGUCCACUUUUCCUUUCAAUUCAACAUGGAUGAAAAUAUAGUGAAUAUUUUUUUUUCACUUUUUGUUGACCAGUUGACUACUUGAUUUUUUACUUUUGCUCACUGAUUCCUGAAGUUAGUAGCACUGGUGAUGAUUAUUGCACAUCCUGUUCAUUACAUAUUUUUGCUGUGUAGGUUUUGUACAUGUACAAAAGCAUCAUUUCUGAAAGAUGGUAUUAUUAAAUGUGAAAGUGAUGUUUAUCACAAGUUUUAAAAUAUUUCAUCUUAACUUUUUGUCUUGCACUUUCUUUUGUCAGAUAAUUGAAUUUUUUCAAUUGUCUAUAUUUAGAAUAAUACAACGAAAACUUGGUUUAAGGUAAUUCAAGGAAAUACCCUUACAUAAGGGCUUUAAAAAUAGAUUUUUUUUUAAGAAUUAGGCUGUGGAAUAGUUGAUAGAAAGCAGUGCAGUAUUGCCACAUGUACACUUUUUUUCAUGUGUUCAUGACUUUCCUUUUCAUGUGCUCUCUUAAAAAGAUGUUACAUUAUCUGCUGUCACCACUUGAAACAUGUUCAAUUUAUGCUACAUUUAUUGAUGUUUUGGGAAGAAAAUUUUGUUUAUAGAUUAGAACGAGAGUACACAAAUAUUUUAUUCAAUAAUUGGUUUAAAUAUUAAAGAUGUGAAUAAUGGUUGAAAAGAGUAUUUACUAAAAAAAAACCUGUGGUCUUUGUAGACCUUGAUAAUGUAACCCUUUAAAUAUUUUAUUUUUUAACCAAAGAACAGUUUUUCUGUAAUAAUGAUUAAUGUUCAAUGUGCUUUCAUCAAAGGCAUGAGAAAGUGUUAAGCUCAUUGUGUUACAUGUAUGCUUGCAUGCAUUAUUUGUAGAGAUAUACAUUUAACUAUUAAAUUAUGUGAAAAUUA